GCCCUUUACUCGCCAGCCCCUUUGUGUGAAGCGGAGGGAGCCGCGAGCCCGGGAGCGGAGUGCACCGCACCGCGUCCCUCUCCUCCUCCGCCCAGGCAGCGGCGCGGGGCAGCCAUUCCGCGCGCAGCGCCUUCGCCUCUGCCCCCCUCCCUCCCUGGGCGGGCAGUCGGUUUUUGAUUAUUAUUAUUAUAAUUUUUUGUUUUGUUUUGUUUUGUUUUCCUCCCUUCCCCACUUCUCAAGGUGGAGAAAAGAAAAUAAAGCAGCACCCAAAUAAAACCCCAAAUCCAGCAGGCGAGAAAGAAAAGAAAGAAAGAAAGAAAGAAAGAAAGAGAGGCACCAACUCCGAGAAUCCAAAUAGAGCGAGCGAGCGAGCCCAGUGCGUGUGUGGGGAAAACAAUAAGUACUCCAAGUUACCUGCCCUGCUCUAGGAGAAGAAGGAGGGCUUGUUGUUUCUCUUGCAGACAGCUGCACAUUGGUGCUUUUUUGGCAGAGUUUUUUUUUCUCUCUUUCUUUUCUCUCUUUUUUUUUCUUCUUUGCAAAACCACAAACGGAUGUGAGGCAGGGAAGGUGUUUCUUUCACUCCUAAACUCAGGCACCUCUUUCUGAGCCUCCUCAACCUUGUUGUUUUUUUAUUAUUAUUUUAUUUUGCACCAACACACACACACCCUCUCUCUCGCGCGCGCACACACACACACACACACCAGGAGAGAGGGGUGUCCAACAAAACCAAACAAAAAAAAAAAAAGCGGGGAGGGGGAAAGGAGUUUGCUUGAUGUUUUAGUGCAAUGGACGUAAGAUUUUAUUCACCACCGCCACCACAGCCUGCAGCCGCUCCUGAUACUCCUUGCCUGGGACCUUCUCCCUGCCUGGACCCCUACUAUUGCAACAAGUUUGACGGUGAGAACAUGUAUAUGAGUAUGACAGAGCCAAGCCAGGACUAUGUGCCAGCCAGCCAGUGCUUAGAAAUGGAUUCCUUGAGGCUCUGCUCCAUGAGUUUUCCAGGGACUGAGUCGUUUCCUGGUCCAAGUCUUGAAAGUGAAGAUUUCAACAUACCUCCCAUAACUCCUCCAUCAUUACCUGACCAUUCGUUGGUGCACCUGAAUGAAGUAGAGUCUGGGUAUCACUCUCUGUGUCACCCAAUGAAUCAUAAUGGCCUGCUUCCAUUCCACCCACAAAACAUGGACCUACCUGAAAUUACAGUAUCCAAUAUGCUCAGCCAAGAUGGGACACUGCUUUCAAAUUCACUUUCAGUGAUGCAAGAUAUACGGAAUACAGAAGGGGCUCAAUACAGUUCCCAUCCUCAGAUGGCAGCCAUGAGACCAAGGGUUCAGCCUGCAGAUAUUAGGCAACCAGGAAUGAUACCACAUGGGCAGCUGACUACCAUUAACCAGUCACAGCUCAGUGCUCAGCUUGGUUUGAAUAUGGGUGGAAACAACGUUCCCCACAACUCUCCAUCUCCACCUGGAAGCAAGUCUGCAACUCCUUCACCAUCAAGUUCAGUCCAUGAAGAUGAAGGAGAAGAUACCUCUAAGGUUAACGGAGGAGAAAAGCGGCCUGCUUCUGACUUGGGAAAGAAGCCCAAAACACCCAAAAAGAAGAAGAAGAAGGACCCUAAUGAGCCACAGAAGCCUGUGUCUGCCUAUGCAUUAUUUUUUCGAGACACCCAAGCAGCCAUCAAGGGCCAAAACCCAAAUGCUACUUUUGGUGAAGUCUCUAAAAUUGUAGCAUCAAUGUGGGAUGGCUUAGGAGAGGAACAAAAACAGGUAUACAAAAAGAAAACUGAAGCUGCAAAGAAGGAGUAUCUGAAGCAGUUAGCUGCAUAUAGAGCAAGUCUUGUAUCCAAGAGCUACAGUGAACCUGUUGAUGUUAAGGCAUCCCAGCCACCUCAGAUGAUUAAUUCAAAACAGUCAGUGUUUCAUGGGCCUGCACAGGCUCCUUCUGCACUGUAUCUAAGUUCCCAUUAUCACCAACAACCAGGAAUGAACCCUCACAUAACUGCCAUGCACGCUAAUAUUCCUAGGAAUAUAGCACCCAAGCCCAACAACCAAAUGCCAGUGACUGUUUCCAUAGCAAAUAUGGCUGUAUCCCCACCACCACCACUUCAGAUAAGUCCACCUCUCCACCAGCAUCUCAACAUACAGCAACACCAGCCAAUUACAAUGCAGCAGUCCAUUGGAAACCAGCUACCAAUGCAGGUCCAGUCUGCUUUACAUUCACCUACAAUGCAGCAAGGAUUUACUCUUCAGCCUGAUUAUCAGAAUAUCAUCAACCCCACAUCUACGGCUGCACAGGUUGUUACCCAAGCAAUGGAGUAUGUUCGUUCAGGGUGCAGAAAUCCUCCAGCACAGACUGUGGACUGGAAUAAUGACUACUGCAGUAAUGGGGGCAUGCAGAGGGACAAAGCACUGUACCUUACCUGAAAAUCUGAAAAACCUCUCCUUUCCAUGGAGGAAUGCAGGGAAGUCUUUUCAUCAUGGAUUGCUUUAUGCAGUCAAGGCAGUUCUGCAUUUUAUUAGAAAAUACAAGUUGCUAAGCACUUAGGACUAUUUGAGCUUGUGGGUCACCCACUCUGGAAAAAAAUAGUCUUGUUUCUUUCUUUUCUUUUCCUUUAUUUUUUCUUUUUUCCCCUUCUCCUCCUCUUUUUGUUUACCGAGAUCCUUUAACGGACAUUGCUUUUCUUCCUUUCUGAAGGAAAUUUGGACCAUUCAGAUUUUAUGUUGGUUUUUGCUGUGAAGUGCUGCGCUAGUAACUGCCUUAGCAACUGUAGAUGUCUUGGAUAAAAGUCCUGGAUUUUCCAUUGGUUUUCAUAAUGGGUGUUUAUAUGAAACUACUAAAGACUUUUUAAAUGGCUUGAUGUAGCAGUCAUAGCAAGUUUGUAAAUAGCAUCUAUGUUACACUCUCCUAGAGUAUAAAAUGUGAAUGUUUUUGUAGCUAAUUGUAAUUGAAACUGGCUCAUUCCAGUUUAUUGAUUUCACAAUAAGGGUUAAAUUGGCAAACAUUCAUAUUUUUACUUCAUUUUUAAACAGCUGACUAAUAGUUCUAUAUUUUCAAAGUAUUUGGAGAAAAAAGAAAAAUAUUCCCAAAUGAUUUUAAUUAAAAAUAUUGGCUUUGUCUCGUUAAAUAAACAAAAAAAAUAGUUGGGGGGGGGAGGAGGGGAGAGAAAGGAACUUAGUGUGGGGGAAAAAGUAAACACAUUUAUUUUGUACUGCCUAAAAAUGCUUUUUUUUUUUAAAUCACUUUAUGUGUAAUGGUUAGUAAACGUCAUUUAAAUCCUUUUAUGUAUAAAACUGCCAAAUGCUUACCUGAUAUUUUAUUAGAUGCAGAAACAGAUUGGAAACAGCUAAAUUAUAAUCUUUACAUAUGGCUAUGUAUUAUUGUUUCUUCAUACUGUGUCUGUAUUUAAUCUUUUUUUAUGAAACCUGUUGCGCCUAUUUAUGAAAUAAUAAAUAUAGGUGUUUGUAAGUAAAUUUGUUAGCAUUUUAAGGAGAUUUCUUUGAUGCUUUAACUUUUGCUGACAAAAAUUAUUCACAACUGGUGUGAAUACUUUAUUUAGUUUUUACAAAAACAGUGACUAACGCCAAGCCUGCUUUUUCUGGCAAAAAAUGAAGGCAACCAACACUUAUUUCUGCAUUUUUGUUGAUGCAAAAAACAGAUAUUUUAUGUACUUCCCUUUUUAAAGCAUUGUAACAGGAAGUUGCCGAAAGCUAACACAUAAGCCACAAGGCUAUAUAAAUAAAAAGGUACGACGCUGCCUUUGGAAUUCAGUUUUGGUUAAUCAGCCAAGUGAAACCAUAAUGAAUAAAACAAAAGAAUUACUAAACGUGCUUCAGCCUUUUUAUCACAAAUGCAAAAGUCCGAUGAUAAGAAAGCAGUGAUUUUGCUUUUGAGCUGUGGGGAAUGUCACAAAUAGCACCUGAAUGAAAAGUAACAGAGCAAUGGGAUAAGGAGUAAGAAUGCCAAAAUAGAAUAUUUUCAGGGUUUUAGAUCAGGAACAGUUAGGAAGGAAUUCAACCUGAAUGCCUGUCCAACUGAUGAAGAGUAACACUGAUUUGUAUUUCAUAUAUGAAAUAAAGAUAGUAAUUCUGAUUAAAUAUACAAUAUGGGAUGCAGUCAACAUUUUUAAAAACAAAAAUAUGCUUGCUUUGAAAUGAUUUUAGGCAAUGUACAACCUGAAUCACUUGAGCAUGUAAUAACUAAUAAAUAAUGCAGAUCAGAUGUGAUUACUCAAAUGACUGUAGCUGAGAGCUCUAAUUUUCCUGUCUUGAAACUGUAUAAGAACUCGUGAUUAAGUUCACAGUUUAUUGUUUGUCUGUUUAGUACUUUAGAAAUAUACCAGCACUACUAAUUACCCAAUGUCUUCUAUUUAUUAUAUUAUAGUAAACUACAUUUUCCACUCAUAUUAAUUCUAAAGUGAGAAGAUAAUUGCUGGGGAUGGAAACAGUCAGGUUUGAUUUUGACGGGCAGGUUUUUUUCAUUUAUCAAAGAGCUGUGUUAUCUUCAUCUUUUUUUAAAGCAGGUGUGCAGACAAGAAAUUUAAGUUGUUAAUUUCAGUAUCCAAUCAGAAUUCAAAAUACAAGCAAAAUGAAUGUAAAUAAAAAAUACAUCAUGAAUAAAAUUACUUAUUCUGUAUGAAA